AGUUUAUCGUCUGUGUUACUUAGUGUGCCGAGGCCUUGUAAAUAUAUGAUUUCUCUCCCUUCUUGGCUUCCUACAGCAGCUGACCCGCACACUGAAGGCCUGUUUUGUUCCGACCAUGAGCAACACCAAUGACGAAAGCAACGACCUGCUGACGUCUCAGGCCCACAACAAAUCUGAUGUCUGCUCGUGCUCCACAAGAAACAUCAGGUGUAUAAAGCGGGAGCAGAGCUGAAGGCAAAGAGAAAGAGAGUCAGCAAACAUCGGGUCAACAGUGGAGAUACAACAGUAGCUCCAGAACAGGACUUUGGAGAGCUCAGCAGGCAGAGAAAAAAGCAGAAGACCUACUUUUGCAACAAAUGUGUAAAGCGAUGUUACAACGAACCGGCCCCCAGCUGCUUUUCCUAAUAGCCCUGUGCAGUGUGUUGUACUCCCGGACUCUGAGUCUGCCAUACACAUCCAUGAGACCGACGAGACACGCGGACGGUCUGUUCACCAGCGGAUACAGCAAACUGCUCGGACAGCUCUCAGCGCGGAGGUACCUUGAGUCUCUGAUCGGGAAGCGGGUCAGUGAUGAGCUGAUGGAGGAGCCAGUGAAGCGCCACUCAGACGCCAUCUUUACAGACAACUACAGCCGCUUUCGCAAACAGAUGGCCGUCAAGAAGUACCUGAACUCAGUCUUAACAGGAAAGAGAAGCCUAGAAGAUCCUGGCACCAGCGAGGCAGAGGAGUCCAGAGACGAACCCAACACUUUCCAGGAGAGCUACGAUGAUAUCAACGUAGAUCACCUUCUAAACAACUUUCAUCUGCCGCUUUGAGGAGGGGUCUAGAGCUCGAGUGAAUACCUCAACUCAUCCUCAUGAAACCGGCCAUUCCAGAAACACACUAUUAAUCCAAAGGACAUUCGAAGGUCAAGCAGCCAAUGAUGAUGUGUUCUCCAAUGUGGUUAUCUAUCUACUCAUCCACACCGUACAUGUUUACACUGUAUAUAGUUUAUAUAUAUAUACAUAAACAUUACUAUCAGUCUGAUUAGACCUGAUUACAUUUCACUAACCAAUACUUCCAUUAACAAUCAAUAGUGACGCACCAUUGGCUUUCAGUUGAACCACUGCUUUAUUCAACAUCAGUAGGCCCUUUCACCUUUAAAAGAACAUAAUUGCAUUUAAAUUCAAUAACGCUGAAAAUGGAUUUUGUUGGGAUGCAUUAGGAUUAGCAUUUCUGAACACACACUGGUUGUAUUGAAAACAGUUGACCCAAUAAUGUUCAAUGCUGCAAUCUAAAUCACAAGUGUUUACCGAGUUGUUUUAAAGAGUGUUUUCAUGAUUAAAAGGAGACACAGGACCAAGAGGAGGUGGAGUUUUGAAUGGACACAGAUGCAUAUAAUCACUUUAUACUAUUCAAUAUGUAGAGCAAAAACAUUGUAACUGAGCAUAGACCUGCCUUUAGGGCAUAUAGUGAUGCACACCACUCACCAAAUAAAAGA